AUGGCCGCCUCCACCAUGUCUGUCUGCUCUGACGCUUGCACCAACUCCUCCUGGCAGGUGGACGACUGCCCAGAGAGCUGCUGUGAGCCUGGCUGCUGUGCCCCCAGCUGCUGUGCCCCAGCUCCCUGCCUGACCCUCAUCUGCACCCCAGUGAGCUGUGGGUCCAGCCCCUGCUGCCAGUCUUCCUGCUCACCUUCAUGCUGCCAGCCCUCAUGCUGCCAAUCCUCCUGCUGUGUGCCUUCUAGUUGCCAGCCAGCGUGUUGCACCUGCUCCCCGUGCCAGCCAUCCUGUGUGACUCUUUGCUGCAAACCUGUCUGCUGUACCCCCAUCUGCUCUGGAUCCUCCUCCUGUUGCCAGCAGUCUAGCUGCCAGCCCUCAUGCUGCCAAUCUUCCUGCUGUGUGCCUGUCUGCUGCACACCCAUCUGUUCUGGAUCCUCCUGCUGCCAGCAGUCUAGCUGCCAGCCAGCAUGCUGCACCUGUUCUCCUUGCCAGCCAUCCUGCUGUGUGACUCUGUGCUGCAAACCUGUUUGUUGCACACCCAUCUGUUCUGGCUCCUCCUCAUGCUGCCAGCAGUCUAGCUGCCAGCCCUCAUGCUGCCAGCCCUCAUGCUGCUGUGUGCCUGUCUGCUGCAAGCCCUGCUCCAGCGUGUCCCUGCUCUGCCGCCCUGUGUGCAGACCCGCCUGCUGUGUGCCCAGCUCCUCCUGCUGUGCCUCCUCCUGCCAGCCCAGCUGCUGCAAGCCCUGCUCCAGCAUGUCCCUGAUCUGCCGCCCGGCCUGCUCCCGCCAGGCCUGCUGUAGCCUCUCCUCGGGCCAGAAGUCCAGCUGCUGA